AUGGAACUUGUAGCUGGUCAUGUAAUAUUUCGACAUGGUGAUCGAACACCUGUAACAACAUUUCCAACCGAUCCAGUAAAACCAAGUGACUGGCCUAAUGGUUUGGGUCAAUUAACCAGUACUGGUAUUGAACAACAUCAUCGUCUUGGUGCAUAUCUUCGCAAUCGUUAUGGAUCAUUACUUAGUUCGAAUUAUACUGCAAGUGAAAUUACUAUUCGUUCUACAGAUCUUGAUCGAACAUUAAUGUCCGCGCAAUCGAAUCUUAUUGGUCUUUAUCCAAUCAAUGCUACUGAUAAUAAAGUUCCCAUACAACCAAUUCCAGUUCAUACGGUUCCAACUAAUCUUGACUUUUUACUUGGUGUCAGUGAUUGUCCAAGAUAUGAUCAAAUUGAAGUUGAAGUUGACCAAAGUGAAGAAGUCAACAAAGUUAAUCAGUAUUAUCAAGACUUCUUUAAACAGCUUGAACUAUGGACAAAUAUGACUAAUAUAACAGUAUAUGAUGCUUGGGUAGUUGCUGAUACUAUAUUUGUUGAACACCUUUAUAAUAAAGCUCCAGCAUGGGCCAACGAUGGUGUUCGAAAAAAUUUAUCAGACAUCAGUGAUCGUGCAUUUCAUUUUCUAUUCGAAAAUAAUGAUACAAAACGAAUUCGAGGAGGUCCAGUAAUACAAGAUGUAUGGUUAAAUAUGAAUAGUUCACUGCAUGCAAAACCAUUUAAAAAAGUCAAGAUUUAUUCAGCUCAUGAUACAACUGUCAGUGCAAUUCUUUCAUUUCUUGGUAUCAAUUAUCCUCAUCAACCUCAAUAUGCAUCUGCUAUAUUUGUUGAUCUCUAUCAACAAAAUUCAUCAUAUUUUGUUAAAGUUGAAUAUUUGAAUGUGACAGAUUCAAAUGCAUCUUAUGCGUACGUGUUAAAUGGUUGUCCUGCAGAAGAAUGCCCGUUCGAUAAAUUUACGAGCAUUUAUCAGCCGAUUUUUCCAGCUACUCCAGAUGUUGAAUGUGUUAAAAAAGAGCCUCCAAUGCCACCUUCCGGCGGAAAUAAAAAAUUAACAGCAAUUUUAGCCGUUGUGAUUACUGUUCUUAUUAUUAUUAUAUUUGUGAUGUUUUUAUGCCUUUAUUUACGAAAAAACGAUCAAGAUCCACAACUUUUGGGUAGUGCUCGAUCAAUACAAUCAUCAGUUUAA